GUGGAUUUCAUUCUUUUUGUCCAUUAGAAGAUGUUGAAAUUCUCUUUUCUUGUACCUCUUCUUCUCAUCUCUGUUCUGGUUUUCCUCCCUCUGUUUCAUGGAGGAAUAGCCUUUGCUGCUGGAACCCCGGACGCAUCAGAGCAAUGGGGCUACGUUCAGGUCAGACCCAAAGCCCAUAUGUUCUGGUGGCUUUAUAAAAGUCCAAACAGGGUUGUAAAUCCUUCCAAGCCAUGGCCAAUUAUCCUUUGGUUGCAGGGUGGACCUGGCGCUUCAGGUGUUGCGAUUGGGAACUUUCAAGAGGUUGGUCCAUUGGACAUGGAUUUGAAUCCUCGGAAUUCAACUUGGCUUCAACUAGCUGAUCUCUUGUUCGUGGAUAACCCAGUUGGGACAGGAUUCAGUUUUGUGGAAGAUAAAGCACAGCUGGUGAAGACCGAUGAAGAGGCAGCAACUGAUUUAACUACCUUGCUGAAGGAGCUUUUCAAUAAGAAUGAGAGCCUCCAACAAAGUCCUCUGUUCAUUGUAGCCGAAUCUUAUGGAGGGAAAUUUGCUGUUACUCUUGGACUGUCAGUUGUAAAAGCCAUUGACGCUGGAGAAUUGAAGCUUAAACUUGGAGGUGUUGCUUUGGGAGAUAGUUGGAUCUCUCCUGAAGAUUUUGUGUUUUCUUGGGGACCUCUUCUCAAAGAUCUCUCACGACUAGACAACAAUGGUUUGGAAAAGAGUAACAGCAUGGCUCAGCAGAUUAAACAGCAACUUGAGAAUGGAAGCUACGAAGAUGCAACAAAUACUUGGAGUCAGCUUGAGGAUAUGAUUAGCACCAGCAGUAACAAUGUGGACUUCUACAAUUUUCUAUUGGAUUCUGCAAACGACCCUCUUUCCACAGCAGUUUCAUCGUUAUCAACAGCAGUAGCAAUGAAGAGGUACUCAACAUAUCUCGCCUCCAAGAGGAUUUCCGCCGGUGGUGUUGGAGACAUUGAUAGCUUCAUGAAUGGAAUCAUUAAGGAGAAGUUGAAGAUUAUUCCUGAUAGCGUAAAGUGGGGAACACAGUCUGGGCUUGUUUUCUCAACUCUUGCAGGUGAUUUCAUGAAACCAAGGAUAAAUGAGGUUGCUGAGCUUUUAGCUAAAGGGGUCAAUGUGACAGUGUACAAUGGACAAGUUGAUCUCAUUUGUGCCACCAAGGGGACUGAAUCAUGGGUAGAGAAACUCAAAUGGGAAGGGCUCCAAGGCUUCUUGAGCUUAGACAGAACUCCCCUAUAUUGUGGGAAUGACCAGAUAACUACAAAAGGGUUCACCAAGUCAUACAAGAAUCUACAUUUUUAUUGGAUUCUUUUGGCUGGCCACUUUGUACCGGUUGAACAGCCAUGCGUUGCACUGAAAAUGGCGGGUGACAUCACACAUUCUCCCAUUGCUUCUGCGUAAUAAGAAGUAAAACCAACAU